AUGAAUCUCUACACGGAAGCUGGAGGCCUUUUUGGCACACACGUUACAUGGAGUGACAUCGAAGGAGACAUGCAACGCGAACUAAACACCACCGCUUCAUUCGGACCAAAUAAGUCGGCUAAAGAUAUAGGAGAAUGCAGUAUUUAUCACAUGAAGAAGUUUACCGAUUCCAAUCCACUUAAAGGAUAUAUAAUCAUGGAGUAUAUUGAAAACAUAGUCUCUGUACAUUUCUAUGAAAUACUUACACCGGCUGAAGUGGAACAGGUUUAUAUAUUCAAGAUUCUCCGCAACAAAGCCGUUCUUGAAGCGACCACGCUAAACUUCACAUCAGAGGAAAAAAAACAGCUCGCAGAAUCUUCUUUCGAGGAGUAUUAUGCAGCAUUCUUCUCAACAGAGGCAGUGGAACUUGUAAUGGCCGCAUUCCGAAACUUCGAAAGUGGCAGAUUCAGAGAAAAAGCUUUUCGUUUGGAGAAGAUUGUCUCAGAUUUGAGUGACUUAUCAAGAGUGGAUUCACUCUCGGAAGAGUGUGCAACUUUGAGUACUUUAAGCACUGUUAUCAAAUGUCGUAAUCCAGGUUGA